AUGCCUACCCCCAACUGCAGACUCGCUCCUUCUCUUGCUAGCACUGAUGUCCAGUUGCUACAAGCUUUGAAUGCGAUGAAAGAAGAGAUGAAGGCCAUGAAGGAUAAGAUCACAUUGAUGGAUACAAGAAUCGGUGUAGUGAUCACCGGUAACGCAACCGCCAUUAAUAGCAUUGAUGUCUUGUCUGCCCUCCCAGCAUCUGCGCAUGUGCCCACUAGUGUUGCAUCCACUUCUGCUGCCCUUCCUAUCACCAAAUCAAGUGAUACUAACGCUGUAUUUGCAGAAAUCCAAGCAAACGCCAUAAAACCAAAGUGGGCAGUUGAUGUUCGUUUUGAUCACUCUCCAAAUAGAGAGUUAGUCAAACAACUCUUGUAUUACUUGGAAAAGAAGUUUGCUGGCACUGAUAUGAGGACACGCGACCUUUGUAAGUGUAUAUAUACAAACUUCUGUAGUAGACGUCACCAGCAUAGGGAACUUCCGGAAACAAGACGAGCCUUGAAUACUAAUUCAAGAAGAUCUGGCCGUGAAACUGAUAACUACACUCACCAUCGCCUUGCUUAUGAUGCUUACAAGGCUGACAUUGAUCUCAAGAUGGGUCGAAACUGCUCUGGACUGAUCCAAAAGUUGGUCAUGUCUGAAGGCCAAUCAGACGAUGAUAUGUUGACUCAUUUGUUAUUAAGCAAUUGGGUGCAAAUUCCCACCAACUGCUUAAGAGAGUUUAUGGUAGAACAGUGGAAUCAACAGUCCCAAUUGAUUUAG